UGCAGAUCAACCGUUUUUGUUAUGGAUUGUAUCCUAUUUUCUGUUAUUAUGUAUAGCCUAAUAAAAUUAGUGUAGUAUUUAAGGUUAAAUGGAGAAAAGGGUUUUAAAUUCAAUGCAAAGAGGCAAAUUAAAGUCAUUUUGUGGCAUUUGUUUACCCACUCUAAUAAAUAUACAUCUAUGUACCGUAUUUUUCGGACUAUGAGUCCAAAAAUACAUCAUGAUGAGGAAAAAAUCAUAUACGAUAUGGACAAGGGAAAGAAGAGAAGAGCCAUCACUGACUUUUUUGAAGGUAGAUGAAAGCACUGCAUUUGGGAGAAGCUACCUCAUCCUAUACCUCAGAGGAGAUGUGACAGGAGAAGGUGAGACAGAAAACAUUUUUUUGGAUUUGAUUGAGCUGGAGGAAGGAACAACUGCUGAUGCCAUUUACAAAGCUCUCAAAAAGAGUCUCCUGGAAGCUGACCUGGAUGAUGCAUACCUCAAGUCUCAUCUGAUUUGCAUUACAACCGAUGGGGCAUCUGUGAUGACUGGAAGACAGAGUGGUCUUAUCACAAGGCUGAAAAAAGACUAUCCUUUGCUGGAGAGUAUCCACUGUCUUGCUCACAGGCUUGAGUUAUCAGUAAGUGAUGCACUAAAGUCAGUCACAGGUUGCAAUCACUUUGAGAUAUUUAUUUCAAAGCUGUAUACACUGCACCAUCAAUCCCCAAAGAAUGCCAGACAACUUUCAGAAGCAGCUUCUCAAAGGUAA